UUCGCACCGACGCUCGAGAAGGUUCUGGAGCGCGAGGCGUUAUAUAAGAGCGACAGCGCGCGCGGCGCUCGGGCAGAAGAACAACAGAACAGUCACACAAGCAGAGAGACGCACGCGACGCGACGCGAAACAGCGAACCGGCUUUUCCUCUUCUUUUAUUCCUCUGAUUCCUGUCAAAGAUGGUUCGAGAAACAGGUUUCUACGAUCUGCUCGGCGUGAGUCCAAAAGCCUCGCUGGACGAGAUCAAGAAGGCAUAUCGGAAACUGGCGCUGAAAUAUCACCCGGAUAAAAACCCGAACGAAGGCGAGAAAUUUAAACUCAUAUCACAAGCCUACGAGGUCCUGUCAGAUCCCAAAAAGCGGGAUUUGUAUGACCAAGGUGGUGAACAAGCCAUAAAGGAAGGAGGCACGGGAGGAGGAGGAUCUCCCAUGGACAUUUUCAACAUGUUCUUUGGUGGCGGAGGCAGAAUGCAGAGAGAAAGAAAAGGUAAGAAUGUGGUUCACCAGCUGGGAAUCACACUGGAGGAAUUGUACAAUGGCUCAACCAGAAAACUUGGUCUUCAGAAGAAUGUGAUCUGUGAAAAAUGUGAUGGUUAUGGAGGCAAAAAAGGCGCAAUUGAAAAAUGCUCAACAUGCAAAGGAAGAGGGGUUCAGGUCCAGGUGCAACAGAUCGGACCGGGAAUGAUUCAGCAGAUUCAGAGCAUGUGCUCCGACUGCCAAGGACAGGGAGAGAGGUUCAACUCCAAGGACCGCUGCAAGAACUGCAAUGGACACAAAGUAGAACGCAAGAAGAAGAUUCUUGAAGUCCAUAUUGACAAAGGUAUGAAGGACGGCCAGAAGAUCACAUUCCAAGGAGAAGGAGAUCAAGAGCCUGGACUGGAGCCUGGUGAUGUUAUAAUCGUACUCGACUUGAAAGAACACUCAGUCUUCCAAAGAAAUAAUGACAACCUGAUCAUGAAGAUGAAGAUCAAGCUGGUGGAAGCGCUCUGUGGGUUUAAAAAAACUGUUUGUACGCUAGAUAACCGAUUGUUGCUCAUCCAAUCAGCUCCAGGAAAAGUAAUCAGACCUAAUGAUGUAAAAUGUAUUCAUAAUGAGGGAAUGCCUUUGUAUAGAGACCCUUAUGAGAAAGGUCUUCUCAUCAUACAGUUUGAGAUUGAGUUCCCUGAUAAACAUUGGCUACCUGAGCACAUGCUGCCUGACCUGGAGAGGCUACUUCCUGUCAGAGAUCACGUCAUGAUGUCAGAUGAUAUGGAAGAGGUGGACCUGUGUGAAGUAGACUAUGAAAGACAAAAGAGAAACUACGGUGGUGAAGCCUACGAUGAAGACGAAGGUCCCAGGCAUAGUGGCGUCCAGUGCCAGACUCAGUAAAUCUCAUGUAUAAGAAACACUGGUGCAAUUCUUGUGUGACUGCAAAUAUACACCAAAUAUUAGGCCAGUUACAUUGAAUUCUUGCCGAGCAAUAUGUACAGCAAGAAUUUCCUCACCAAGCCUUAUGAAACGGACCAUUUUCUUGCCACCAUUGGAAUUCUUUGUGAAGUUUCUGAUGAGGAGCCAGGAUUAUUACUUUUUUUUUGUUGGCAAUUACCACCAUAAAUGAGUAUCACCAGACAUUUAAUUAAAGCAUCUAUUUUGGAUAAAACUGUCAUUAAUUUACAAAUGAAAUUUAGUAGUUUAAAUUUGCAUGUAAAUGUAUUCCGUAUGUUUUAACCCGUUUACUUUUGUAUAAUAAUCUGUCGAUGUGCUUUGGUUGAGUGGGUGCUGUACUUGUUUUUUUGUCUUGUUUUUUUUGCCAGUUGAAAAUCUGUAUUUGUACAUUUUUUAAGAAUGUGACACACCAUACAUUUAUUGUGUCGUUUCCUCCCUUAAAAUGUUUUAUUGUUCACAAAUAAAACAUUUAAUUAAA